UUUUAUGUUGAUUAUUAAAGACAUUAUUUUUAUCCUGCAGACAGAAACUGAAUAAUGACAUCAAUCCAGAAUAAUGAUCCAAACUGUUUCUGCUCAUUUUGUUCUUUAUUUCCUCUCAGUUGGUCAGCAGGAGGUCGACGUAACUGAAGAGUCAGAUUCUGUCAUCCUGCCCUGCAGAACAUCAUCCUUCCUUCCUGAGGACACGUCAGUGGAGUGGACCCGGCCAGAACCUCGUUCCAUGUUCAUUUAUGUGUUUCCCAACACGAGUAAACACUAUGCCCAGCAGGACAGACUUUACAGCUGUCGCACAGAGAUGAACAGAGACUUCCUGAGGACCGGAGACGUCAGCCUGACCCUCAUGUAUCCCACACACAGAGACGAUGGACGCUACGUCUGCACCGUCCACAGAGACCAGGACGUCCUGAGACACACUGUGGUUCUGAAAUAUGUAAAGAAAGAACCAUUUCCAUCCUGGGCCAUAGUUCUGCUGGGUCUGCUGGUUCUGCUGGUUCUCAUCGUCUGUGCAGGCGGUUUAUAUAAUUUUGAAGGUUAUUUCCUGAAAGCUCCACUGGUGAAGGUAGAUUCAGGGGUGAAGUCUGUCCUGCUGCCCUGUAGAACCAGAGUCUGCCUGCCUGGAGGCGCUAGAGUGGAGUGGAGGGACGGAGAGAACAGGACGGUCCAUGUGUAUCAGAACGGUUCUGAUGAUCCUGAAGAACAGAACCUGACCAGCAGAACCAGGAUGAAUGACGACCCACUGCAGACUGGAGACCUCAGUCUGACUCUGGAACGUCCCAAACCUGAAGACAGCGGGAUCUACAGCUGCAGAGUCUCCAUCAGGAAACGAGUCAUCCUGAUGAUGAAACGGGUUCAUCUCCAGGUCAAAGGUCAGUGGUUAAAUGUUGCAUUCUUCCAAUCAGGUGAUUGGUGGUGAUCAAUAGUGAUGUUUGGCUGAUUACAAGAUCAAAGGUCAAUGUGAUGUAAUGAGUGAGGAAGACGAGGAAGCAAAGCAGGAGGAAGAGGUUCAGGACAGACAGGGACCAGCAGCAGGAGGCUUU